GUAGAAGCCAAAGGCACUACGCGAUAAUAACAUACGAAGCAACAAAUAAUGUCAUUUUACCAGAAGUGCGCUGUGAAGGUGUUCCGGUGCCUCAACCGCCUACACAUACAUUUUCGGCCAAUAUGACAUACGCCAAUUAAGAAGUAACAGCGGCGGUUGAAAACAUAUCAGAUGUAAGUUACUUACCUCCUGGUGGUUUAAACAUAUGUCCUAAUUUGAUAGACCAAGCUUAUUUUGAAGAUCUUGUAAGAGAUUUAGGACUAACAAAAGAGAAAGCUGAAAUAUUAUGUUCCAGAUUGAAAAACAGGAAUUUGAUAAAAGCCGAUGUAAAAGUUACAUCGCCAAGAAAAAGACACGCCGAUUUGGAAAGUUAUUUUAAAAAAUCAGAAGAACUUGUAUACUGUUGCAGUAUUGAAGAGGUUCUAAAAUAUCUAAAGCUUCCACUGGACUCUUUCGCUUGGCGACUAUUUAUAGAUAGUUCAAAACACAGCUUAAAAGCAGUUUUACUGCACAAUGGAAAUCAGCAUCCAUCAAUACCGGUUGCGUAUUCCACAAAAAAGGAGGAAACAUACGCAAAUAUUUCAAAUCUCUUAAAUAAAAUUGAAUACUAUAAAUAUAAAUGCGAAGUAUGCGCAGACUUCAAAAUGAUUGCAAUAUUGACUGGAAUGCAAACAGGAUACACAAAAUAAAUGUGCUUUCUUUGUAAAUGGGAUUCACGUGCUACCAGCAGCCAUUAUCAUAUUAAAUAUUUCGAAGAACGUAAAGAAAAUAUUAUUGGUGACUUAAAUGUAAUCCAUGAAUCUCUUGUCCCAAAGGAUAAGGUCAUACUUCCACCGCUGCAUAUUAAGUUGGGCGUGGUGAAAAAUUUUAUUAAAAGCUUAAAUACACAAGGAUAUGCUUUCAAACGCAUUCAAACAAUUUUCCCCAGAUUAUCUGCAGCAAAAUUAAAAGAAGGAAUGCUCGUUGGACCCGAUAUAAGAAAAUUAUUACAAGAUGAAGAAUUUUAUGGUCAUCUGUCGGAUAUGCAAAAGACAGCAUUUGACUUUAUGCAGCUGGUUAUAUCAGAAUUCCUUGGAAACUCAAGAGCACAAAACUAUGCAGAAAAUAUUGAAAGUAUGCUAAUCGGUUUUAACAAUAUUGGCGUUAAGAUGUCACUAAAGCUGCAUUUUCUGCACUCUCAUCUCAAUUUUUUUGAAGAAAACCUUGGAGCGGUUUCAGAUGAACACGGUGAAAGGUUUCAUCAGGAUAUAAAGGUAUUGGAAGAAAGAUUCAAAGGGAAAUCCCAAAGCGUAAUGCUUGCUGCAUACGUAUGGGGCUUGUACAGAAACCUUGACACAUCGGAACAUUCAUGUCAAGCUAAAUACAGGAAAGCAUAUUAAGUUUAAUCUUUAAUCCAUUGACCUACUACUGCUGAAGCAAAAAAAUAAAUAUGUACAUUAGGGUGUGUCAUUCUGAGGCAACCUUUUUUUUCAACUGAAAAACAGGCUCAAAAC